UGGUUUUCCUGUGACGAGGAACGUAACGUGUAGAAGAAAAGAAUGCAGAAACGAAAUCGGUCGGCAACCGCUCAAUCGCUCGGCAGUCCACGGCAGCCAACGGCUACGGCGAGCAAACAACAGGCACAAAGAAAAUCCAGCAUUCCGCUAGUUGAGCCGUCUACGGAGCCAAUUAUUCCACCAGAUGUGGUUCUCUGGGCAAGUGAAGACUCCGACUAUCUCCUUUAUAACCCCUGGUACACAACAACCUACGUCGGAUCGCUCAACGUUGUACAAGUGGUGAUCCCCACGUGUGCCUUACUGGUACUGGUUCUGUCCCCCCUGGACACCACAGCGUCUCGCCUUCUCUUUGUAACCACUUUCGCCUUUGGCUAUGUGUCCACCGUCGUCCUGGCCUCCUGUCUUAUAUCACCUUUCACAGAGGUCUACUUGACGCUUUGCCUUUAUGUUUUCCUCUUCCAUCUUGCAGCGUCUACAGUAUACUUUAUGAGUGCAGCCUGGCUACUUUAUGCAGCGAACGAUGACGACAUCUUCUCUAGAGUAGGAGCUAUAUUAGGCCUCCUGUCUGGCGGCUGCCACUACAUCCAUGGAAGGCGCAUGCUCAGACGAGUUUUCGAUCAACGGGAAGAUGUUGCAUAGCCUCCAACUAUGAAGCGGUUUAUUCUGAGGCUUAUUACGCUUUCGACAAACUGAUUUUUUUUUUUUUGUAUGUGACGAUCACCGUUUUUUACUCACGUUGGCAACAAAUCCAUUGAAACUUGGUGCGCUUCUCUGCAGAUAUAUUCCCAACUCUCUUGUACGAAAUGUAGUUGCCCUGAUGAAUGAACAUAUUUCUUAAAAAUA